GGGCCUCUGUACUCUGUUUGUUGACAUCCUGCCGGCUCAUGGGGCUCUUCUCACGGGGCUGUUCUUUGCUCUCUGCCCCGGGUCUAGACUCUGUUCUUCUUUAUCUUUUCGACCUUCGCCCCUGCGGCUCCUCCUGUCCUCUGUCCCCGGGAUCUGCGCUCCUCUGCCCGCCCUGAGCUCUGAGUCUGAGCCGUGUGUGCGCGCUCUCCCCCGGGUCCACAGAAGUGAGGACACCCGGCCUCUGGAGCCGAGCAGAGCCGGACCAGAGCCGGACCAGAGCCGGACCAGGCCGCGGGGGUGAGCCAUGGCGUCGGUUCGGGUGGCUGUCCGGGUCCGGCCCAUGAACAGGCGAGAGAUGGAUCUUUCGGCUCAGAACAUCAUCAGGAUGGAGGACAACAAGACCUCCAUCACUAAAUUGUGUGAUGGAGUUGUUGGAGACUCCUUCAGAGAUCGCAUCAAAACUUUCACCUACGACUUUUCCUACAACUCGUCCGACCCCAAGAGCCCGAGGUUCACCAGCCAGGACCAGGUGUUUUCAGACCUGGGGCUGGAGGUGCUGAAGUCGGCGUUUGAGGGAUACAACGCCUGUGUGUUUGCGUACGGCCAGACGGGCUCCGGGAAGUCCUACACCAUGAUGGGCACUGCUGAGGAGGCUGGACUCAUUCCCAGGAUCUGUGAGGGCCUCUUCAGUCGCAUCAGCCACAGCACGAGCUGGGACCAGGCGUCCUACAGGACCGAGGUCAGUUUCCUGGAAAUCUACAACGAGAGAGUGAGAGACCUGCUGAGGAGGAAGAACAACCACACCUUCAACCUGAGAGUGAGAGAGCACCCGAAGGACGGGCCCUACGUGGAGGAUUUGUCCAAACACCUGGUCCAGUCGUUCUCUGACGUCGAGGACUUGAUGGAGGCGGGAAACAUAAACAGAACGACGGCAUCGACCGCCAUGAACGAGACGAGCAGCAGAUCACACGCCAUCUUCAGUCUGAGCUUCACACAGGCUAAGUUUGACGCGGAGCAGCCCAGUGAGACGCUGAGUAAGAUCCACCUGGUCGACCUGGCCGGGUCUGAGAGGGCGGAGUCAACAGGUGCCACAGGGACACGCCUCCAAGAGGGCGGGAACAUCAACAAGAGCCUCGUCACCCUCGGCAACGUCAUCUCUGCGCUAGCGGAUUUAUCCGGUGACUCGGUGAAGAAAAAGUCUGUGUUUGUUCCGUAUCGAGACUCAGUCCUGACGUGGCUCCUGAAGGACAGUCUGGGCGGGAACUCACGCACCAUCAUGAUCGCCACGAUCUCUCCGGCCGAUGUGAACUACUACGAGACUCUUAGCACGCUACGCUACGCUAACCGCGCUAAAAACAUCAUCAACAAACCCACAGUGAACGAGGACGCCAACGUGAGGCUGAUCCGAGAACUGCGGGCGGAGAUAGCGCGGCUGAAGGCUCUGCUCCUACAGGGGAACCAGAUUGCACUACUGGACUCUCCCACUGCUCUGAGUAUGGAGGAGAAACUGCACCAGAACGAGGCCCGGGUUUUGGAGUUGACUAAAGAAUGGACCAACAAAUGGAACGAGACUCAGAACAUCCUCAAGGAGGAGACUCUAGCUCUGCGUAAAGAGGGAAUUGGUGUGGUCCUGGACUCGGAGCUGCCUCAUCUGAUCGGCAUCGAUGACGACCUGCUCAGCACAGGAAUUAUCCUGUACCACCUGAAGGAGGGACGCACGUUUGUGGGACGAGACGACGCUCAGACGGAGCAGGACAUCGUCCUUCACGGUCUGGACUUGGACUCUGAGCACUGUGUGUUUGAGAACCACAGCGGCACAGUGACCCUGCUGCCCCUGAACGCCUCACAGUGUUCAGUCAACGGAGUCACUGUCACCCAGACGACAGUCCUCACACAAGGAGCUGUGAUUCUUCUGGGACGCACAAACAUGUUCCGCUUCAACCAUCCAAAAGAAGCAGCUCGACUCCGAGAGAAGAGGAAGAGUGGACUUCUGUCGUCUCUGAGUCUCUCGAUGACAGAUUUGUCUCAGUCGUGUGAAAACUUGUCCACAGUGAUGCUGUACAACCCCGGGCUGGAGUUUGAGCGUUUGCAGAGGGAGGAGUUGGACAAACUGGAGAUGAAAAGGCGUCGGAUUGUGGAGAUGGAGCAGAAGCAGCAGGAGGAGCGUCGUGAGCUACAGCGCCUCCAGGAGGAGGUCGAGAGUCAACGCAGGGAGUCUGAGGAGGUGCAGCGCCGCGUGCGUCUGCAGGAGGAGAGUCUGCGUCUGCGCAGUCAGGACAUCGAGAGCCGUCUGCGGGAGGUGCUUGAGCAGCAGAGGAGGCUCACGGAGGAGAGCGGCGCGAGCCAAGACCACCAGGGGGCGCAAACACACCAGGAGCCCCGAGACCUGACGGAGGAGCGGAAUCGAGACCAGAAGGAGGAGCGGACGGAGUCCCAAAUACAGGAGCCUGUGGAGUCUGUGGAGGCCUCCCUGGAGGCGUCCUUGGAGGAGCAGGAGCUGCUGUCCGAGCUCUUGCGUCUGCAGAGGCUGAGGCUGGAGCAGAGGGAGCGUCUCACCUCAGAGACUCACAGGUUGAAGGAGCAAGAGGAGGAGCAGCUGUGUGCAGUGAAGAGACUGGAGGAGCAGCUCCGGGAGCGCAGGGACGAGGUGGAGCUGCUUGGAGACCUACAUCAUGUGGAGGAGGAGCACAGGACUCUGACUGAGAUCAGACAGAACCUGCUCCAGGCCAAAGAGACCGGACCAGGGACCGGACCAGGGACCGGACCAGGGACCGGACCAGGGACCGGACCAGGGACCGGACCAGGGACCGGACCAGGGACCGGACCAGGGACCGGACCAGGGUCUAAAGAGGACUCCUCUGAGCGGUCAGAGAGUGGACAGAGCUCAGAGCAGAUCACACAGUGGGCACAGCUGCAGUGGACGGAGUUCAAAGUCGAUCAUCUCAAACGUCUGCAGCAGAAAGAGGAGGAGCUACAGGAGCACAAGGAACGACUCCAGGCCGAGGUGUCGUCGGAGCGGGCGUGUGUGCUCCGCCUCGUGCACGGUCUGAGGGCGGGGCCUGACGUGCACGCUCUCAGCAGUGACGUGCACGCUCUUAAAGAGACAGAGCUCCGGCUGCAGCUCAAACAGAAACGUCUGAGCGCGCUGAGCUCCGCACUGAGCGCGCUCAGAGACGACAAGCUGCGAGCGGCUGACGCCCUGCAGCGCCCCCCGGAGGACACACUGGACGGCACGCUCUAUCAGGUGGAGAAGGAGCUGGAGGAGCACUCGGACCUCCUCACGUCGCUGGUGUCCUCCUCACAGCAGCUGCAGCAGCUUCAGGAAACCUACGAGUUCACAGCAAACGUGGCCCGACAACAGGAGAAGGUCCGGAGCAAAGAGCGAGAAAUCCUCCAAUCCAAGGAGAAACAUCUGAGAGAAGAUCUGCAGAACGCCCUGGAACGAGUGGACAGGAGAUACAGCGGUCUGAAGAAGAGGACAGGAGAGAGAGACAGGGUGGAGCGAGAGCUGCAGAUCCUCAGACAGAGUCUCAGUGAAGACCGGACCAGGUCCUCCUCCAUGAGUCCAGUCCAAGACCUGAGCCCCCUGCCCCCCCUCAGCGACCACAGGAUCAACGCUCUGAUCGAGGAGGAAGUCCAACGACGACUGCGACAAAUCAACCUCAACACCGACAACGACCUGUCCUCCUCCCUCCAGGAGGAGAAGCAGGUGGUGAACCCCAGAAAACUCAAAUAUGAGAAAAACAUCCAGUCUCCAUCGGAACCUUGGGAAAACCAGGAACGAAAACAAGACCAGGAUUUGGACCAAAAAGAACCAAAAAACCAGGAAAGAGUUUUAACGUCGUGUGGACUCAUCGAGGAGAGAGAGGACGGGAACAUUUCCAACCCUGAGAAGAAAUGUUUAAACGAAGAUGUGGAUAAACUUUGUGAGAAAAGUUCAAAUUUAAACGUAGAUAAUUCAAAUAAGAUCAGUCCAGAAGAAACCAAGAUGGCGGACGCAGCAAAAUGGACCAAGCGCUGGUUUUCAGACGACGUUUCCGCGCUGGGCUCCUCCGUGGUGCGGUCGGUCAACUCUUAUCUGAGCUCCUACAUCGGUCUAAACCAGGGGGAGAAAACCGCUCUGAAAAGUGGGAUCAUCUUUGGAUCCUUUACGGGAAAACUGUCGGACAUUUACCAAGAUGCAAACCGCAAACUCCAGGGAACUUGGGAAAUCCUCCAGAACGUGCCAAUAGAGAGCGUGACCGGCGCAGUGUCCGAGUACGUGUCCAGAGUGACCCACGAGCGGAAAAUCAGGGCAUCAUUUGUGCCGCAAGACGGAGAACUCAAGGAGUAUCCGGAGCAUGAGCAGGAAGACAAAUGCACGUCCGACGAGGAAAAAAAGAAAUCGCUAAAUGUGCAGACGGAUUGUGAUAUUUGGUCCAGUUUUCUGAGCAGUGAAACGCCGGGAGUGGACGGGUGGCCGCUCGGAUCGGUCAUCUGCUCUGAGGACGGGAACCUCCGGAUUUUUCAGCAGAAGUUUGUGGAAUUUUCGCCGCCUUUGUCCAAUUUAAUGCUUCUCAGAAACGAGGAAAUUAUAGCCAAGCUUCCGGAAGUGAACCUCGGGACGAUCUUAAGUGUUUUCUUUGUGGCAACGGCGACUGAAAAGCGGCCGAUGCCGACAGCAGGGGGCGUGAUGGUGUGUGUGGGUGGGUUAGCUGUGAUUGGCUCUCAGAAGGAGGCGGGACUUGGCACUGAAUGGCGAUUGGUCUGGAGCGAAGUGAAAGAGGUACAGGUGGGUUUGGGAGGGCAGAGUGUGAGAGUGGAGCAGAAAGGGGGCGGGGACAGAGGUCCAGAGGGUGUGGCCGUGUUGACCCUCAGUGCGCGUCUCACUCAGGAGUUUUGUCGGGAAAUCGUCAGAGCUCAAAGUGGUGGAAUUGGACAAAAACGUUCCAGUUCUGAAUCCAAAGAUAAAUUUAUGUCUCAGGAUCAAAACAAUGUUGUUUUAAAUGAAGUUUUAAGAGAAAAUGUUAAAUGUUUUAUGAAAAAUGGGGAAGAAAGUGAAUUUUCUGAGCUUUGUGAAGUUGGAAAGGAGCAAAUUUGGAAGAAAGUCACAAUUUCUGGGGAAUGCUGCAGUUUAGAGGAAAUUCACAAACAAAGUCUUGGUCCCGUCUCUGGUCCCGUCUCUGGUUCCGUCUCUGGUCCCGUCCCUGGUCCCGUCCCUGGUCCCGUCCCUGGUCCCGUCCCUGGUCCCAUCCCUGGUCCCAUCCCUGGUCCCAUCCCUGGUGUCCACCCACUGUUGUCUUCUGACCUCAUGUCCCUCUCUCUGGACUGGACGUCCUCAGUCCCAGAUCUCAUCCUCCCAAACGGACUUGGACUCAGAUCUCGGUUCAAGCGAGUCUUGGCCGAUCUGCUGUACCUGGUCCACGGGAACAUGGACGGUCCCGAGAGACCUUCUCUGGCCGACGUCCGGCCUUUGGUCUACACCAGCGUCCUGCUCCCAUCUGACCCCAGACACCGAGUCACCACACGACUCCUCCUCACGGAUUCCCAUGUCUGCCUGCUGAGGGAGGAGGUCCAGGCUCCACUUGGUUCUCUGGGGUGUGGUUUCAGGUCUCUCGGGUCUGGUUUUGGGUCGUUGAAGGUCCGUGGGCGGGAGGAGCUGAGGUGCAUGUUUGCGAGGAGUGUUGGCGGCUGCGUGGAGCUGGAGAUGGUCUUUCACUCCAGGAGAAGAACCAGGAGGAACCCGGAAGAACGCAGGAGGUCUAUGGACGAGUCUCAGCUGAAGGACUCUACCUGGAACAUCAGGUUUGGAGACUCCUCUGACGCAGCACUGGUCCUCAAACAGCUGUGGACAUGAACCGGGCCAGGACCAGGACUGGACCUGAGCAGGACUGGGACCAGGACUAGGACUGGACUGGGACCAGGAC